AUGGGAUCGGGGAAGCGAGGAGGCGAAGGGAGAAAUAGUAGGUUGGAGGAAGGCGUGAGAUCGGUGCUGUCUCGAUGGAAUGGGCUUCAGCUGGCGGUGCACAACCAGUGGGGCGGCUCCGAUUCCCUCCAGAAAUCCCACCACCUCGCUUCUGAUCUCAUCUCUUCCCUCUCCAAAUCCACCGAACCUGUUCGUCUUGAGGAUUUAGAAAAUCUGCUCCACGAAUCCAUGUUGCUGACUUUCAACACCGACAUAGAAGAUGGCAGCAUUGAAGAGGUAGCAGAACAGUUGGCGAUCAUCCAUGAGGAAUAUUUGCACAGCCAACUAUCUUAUUAA